GUAUAUUAUUGAAAUAAUCCCCUUUCUUUAAUGGUUUUAUUUUGAAUAGUAGUGCUUUCUAUUUGUGUAGGCUUGUCUUAAAAGUUUAUGGUACUAUUAUUAUUGGGCUUGUACCUUAAAGUUUAUGUUUCUCUUUAAUUUUUUUUAGGUCUAUAUCCCUUAUAUAUUGUCCUCUUUAUUUUUACCCACUUUUUUUAAAGUCUAUCAUUUUUAUCUCUUUUUUUUAAACAUUGUACCAAUUUUUCCCAUGUCACUUUAAAAUACUCUCCAUGUGACUCCCUUAUGUCAGGAUAAUUUAGGCGUAUGUUUCAAUUAAAUAAAAAUUAAAGGUAAAUUUGGUUAAUUGAUAAAUAAAAAAAGUAUUUUUCAACUUACCCCGCAAAUUGAAUUAAUCAAUCUCGACAAUCUUAAAACAUCAAGAAAGGUCUAAAAAUGUGCCAAGAUUGAACUUAUCUCGACAACCUUGAAAAAGAAUGCCUGCCCACUUGCAAGAACCGCUAAGAGAGACCCUCCAUUCUAUUUCAAGGGGAAAAACUACCGAAAUAGAUUAUUCUGGAGAGGUCAGGUCCACCGAGAUACUAUUUUUUAAUAGUAAGAAACCAGUCAAGAACGUGUAUUUUUUUUGUUGGAAUUUUUUACUCUCUGUUUAUUCUUGAUCCCUCCUUAGCCCAAAACACCCCAUUCCUAUUCUCUCUUACUCUUCUAUUUAUCUUUUUCUUUUUCCUUUAGGCGUCAACCAAACAAGGUCUUAUUCAGACAUGUGUCCAUUACUUUUUAUGAGGUGUCUUUACAUACUUCGAUAAGUGUCAUUUGUUCCCUUUUCAGUAUCCAUACUUUAUAUCUCUCCUAUGCAAGAUGUGUAACUUCUUAUCAAGAAUAUUUAAGCAUUCCGUCCUGUAUAUGUCUUUUAUCUUGGACACAAGUCAUCUGUUUUAGAUGUAUCUUUCAUCUUGGAUGCAAGUCAUCCGUCUUGUUUAUGUUUAUGUCAUCCCAUCUGAGAUUUGUCAUCUUAUCCGAGGUAUGUCAUCCCAUCCGAGAUAUGUCAUCUCAUCUGUGGUAUAUCAUCUCAUCUGUGGUAUCUCAUCCCAUCCGAGAUAUGUCCUCCCAUCAGAAGUAUGUCAUCUCAUCCGAGAUAUGUCACCCUUCCAAGCUAAGUUAUCCCAUCUGAGAUAUGAUAUGUUAUCCAAGAUAUGCCUUCUCAUCCGCGAUAUAUCAUCUCAUUUGUGGUAUCUCAUCCCAUCCCAUCCGAGAUAUGUCAUUCCAUCAGAGGUAUGUCAUCCCAUCCGUGGUAUCUCAUCCCAUCUGAGAUAUGAUAUGUCAUCCCAUCUGAGACCCAUCUGAGAUAUCUCAUCCCAUCUGUGGUAUCUCACCCCAUCUAAAAUAUGUCACCCCAAGUUAAGUCAUCCCAUACGUGGUAUCUCAUCCCAUUCGAGAUAUGAUAUGUCAUCCCAUCCAUGGUAUCUCAUCCCAUCCGAGAUAUGUUAACCCAACUGAUAUUUCUCAUCCCAUCCCAUCCGUGAUAUGUCAUCUCAUCCGUGGUAUCCUAUCCCAUUUGAAAUAUGUCAACUCAUCUAAGAUAUGUUAUCAUCUCAUCCGAGAUAAGUCAUCCCAUUCAUGGUAUCUCAUCCUAUUCGAGAUAUGUCAUCUCAUCCGUCAUAUGUCAUCCCAUCUAAAAUAUGUCACCUAUGUAGGAUGUAAUCCUUCCACUUGUAUAAUUAUUUCAUUUAGGAUAUAUUUUUAAUAAAAUAUAUAAUAUUUAUUUUAAAAUGGGCCUUUGGGCUUCUUUAUAAUAAUUGGGCUGACAAAUUUUAUCCCACAACAACUAACAUAAUAAUCAUGGUAUUUUUUGCGAUUGUACUGCUACUGUUAUAUAAUGUUACCACAAAACAUAAGACUAUAAUAAUUUACUAUAAACCAAAGUGAUGAAUGUGUGUAACGGUAAUAUUUGGCAGUUGGUAAGUACAGGUGUGAACAUGACCCAAUGAAGCUUCCUGCAAAAAGUGGAAAAAUGAGGUGUAAAAAUGUGAAUAAGAAUAGCUUGAUUCCAUUACCCUGCUCCUCCUUAUAUUUUUCUUUUUUUUUUCCUAGUCAUCAAACUUUGUCUCUUCCUCUAAACCAAAGUAAGUCCACAACUUUAUAAUCAUGUCCCCCACAUCAAGAAAAACUGUGCAAAAGAAAGAAAGAGAUUGAGAUAGAGAGAGAAGAAGAAGAGAGAAGAAGUGGAGUGAAUUAGGGGUGAAGAAGAAGAAGAAGAUGUCUGAUUGGGGGCCAGUUUUUGUGGCAGUUGUACUGUUCAUAUUACUAACACCAGGGCUACUUAUUCAGAUCCCAGGAAGAAGCAAAUUUGUAGAAUUUGGUAAUUUUCAAACCAGUGGGGUUUCCAUUUUGGUUCAUUCUCUUAUCUAUUUUGUUCUUAUUUGUAUCUUCUUGUUAGCUGUUGGUGUUCAUAUGUACCUUGGAGGUAAGAAGAAAAUGGCAGACUGGGCCCCAGUACUGAUCGGAGUUGUUCUGUUCGUGUUGCUUCAACCAGGCCUGCUAUUCCAGUUACCAGGCCACAGUCGACCCAUGGAGUUUGGUAGCAUGAAAACCAACGGCAAAGCCAUAGCUGUUCACACACUCAUCUUCUUUGCCAUUUAUGCCAUUCUAAUCUUGGCCCUACACGUACAUAUCUACACUGGCUGAUCUCAAUCUCAAUCUCAAUCUCAACUUCUUCUUCUGGGUUUGUUAAUUUAAUUAGUGUUUGAUUGAUUCUAUGUUCUAAUUCUAAAUAUCACAACUCUCUGUACUCUGUUUCAAGUUGUAAUAUGAGCUCUUUCUUUUUUGUUUGUUAGUUCAGAUCCUAUAUAGAUAAAGAAAGAAAAGCUUUAUUAGUCUU